CGACGACGACGCGGUGACGACGACGAUGGCGACGAUGGCGACGUCGACGACGAUGGCGACGACGCCGACGACGACGCGCGCGAUCGGGCGACGCGCGCGCGCGGCGGGCGCGAGAGAGACGCGCGCGCGCGCGUCGACGUCGACGCGCGCGGGACGGGGCGACGGGGCGACGCGCGACGGCGCGGACGGCGCGCGAGGAAGACGGACGACGACGCGAGACGCGCGAACGCGAGCGAUACGGGAACCGGAGGUGGAGACGGCGCGGGAAGGCGCGGAGGGCGGGCGACGCGGGGCGACGCAAUCGUCGUCGUCGUCGUCGUCGUCCGUGGCGGAUAUGAAGAAACAGAUGAGCGACGUGCGGAGACAGAUGGAAGAGGAUGAGGAUUUGAGCGUGCUCAUGGCUGGAUUGCGAGGAACGAACAUCGAUGCGAGCGAUUUCGCCGCGGAUGGGGUGCGGAUGAAGGUGGUGGACGUGGACAAAUUGAAGAACGACGAGCUCGGGGACGAGCUGCCGUUGUAUUACGACCCAGAGCUCAUCGCGAAUUAUUGGUCGAGACGUCCCGCGGCGGUGGCGCAGCGCGUGGCACAGUUAUCCACGAUCGGUGGCUCUUUCAUCACGGGCAUCAUCAGUGAUUUCGUGACGAAGAGCGUGGAGGAGAACGCGGUGAAGCGGGCGAUUCAGUUGAGAGAAAUCGUCACGUCGCUCGGACCGGCGUACAUCAAGUUGGGUCAGGCGUUGUCCAUUCGUCCAGACAUUUUGACCCCGGCGGCGAUGAAUGAGUUGCAAAAGCUUUGCGAUAAGGUUCCGAGUUUCGAUAACGGAUUGGCGUUCGCCACGCUCGAGGAUGAACUCGGAUGCAAGUGGCAAGACGUCUACACCGAGCUCGGCCCCGAACCCGUCGCCGCGGCGUCGCUCGGACAAGUGUACAAAGGCGUGCUCAAGGAGACUGGCGACAUCGUCGCCGUCAAGGUGCAGCGACCGGCAGUGUUGGAGACGGUCUCGGUUGAUUUGUACGUUUUGAGAAAAAUUGGAAUGUUCCUGAAGCGGUUUCCCGCCAUCACGACGGAUGUCGUCGGCUUGCUCGACGAGUGGGCUGCGCGUUUCUUCGAAGAGCUCGAUUACAACCUCGAAGGCGAAAAUCAAACCAAAUUCGCGGCGAGCAUCGCCAAGGAUUUGCCGCAAGUCGUCGUUCCUAAGACUUUCGCCAAGUAUACGCGCCGUAAAGUCAUCACCUCCGAAUGGCUCGAGGGUGAAAAACUUUCGCAGAGCACGGCGGACGACGUGGGCGACUUGGUGAACAUCGGCGUCAUUUGCUACUUGAAGCAACUGCUAGACACCGGGUUUUUCCACGCAGAUCCACAUCCUGGAAACCUGAUUCGCACCCCCGAUGGACGACUCGCGAUUCUCGAUUUUGGUCUGAUGACGGACAUCGACGACAACAUCAAGUACGGGAUGAUUGAGGCGAUUUCGCAUCUCAUCCAUCGUGACUACGAAGCCAUUGUGAAGGAUUUCGUCACCCUCGAUUUCAUUCCCGAAGGCACGGAUUUACGACCGAUCCUACCCGUCCUCGGUCGCGUGUUCGACCAAGCGCUCGAGGGUGGUGGGGCGAAAAACAUCAACUUCCAAGAGUUGGCGGCGGACUUGGCGCAAAUCACGUUCGAUUACCCGUUCCGCAUCCCGCCGUACUUUGCGCUCAUCAUUCGAGCCAUCGGCGUGUUGGAGGGUAUCGCGCUCGUGGGCAACCCUGAGUUUGCGCUCGUCGACGAAGCGUAUCCGUACAUCGCUAAGCGAUUGUUAACGGACGACUCUCCGCGUCUUCGCGAGGCGCUUCGUUACAUGGUGUACGGCAAAAAAGAAGUCUUCGACGCCGACAGAAUGAUUGAUCUCCUCGAAGCGUUGGAAACGUUCCGCGCGGCGAGCGCGACGCGCGACGCGCUGCAAUUCGUCCUCUCCGCCGACGGCUCCUUCUUCCGGGAGUUCUUACUCGAUGAAGCCGUCAAGGGGAUCGAUGCGUUGAGUCGAGAUAACGUCAUCCGGCUCUUAACCGCGUUUGGGCUCCAAAACACCAGCAUCCCCGUGUUCUUACCUGGUUUCCCGAGCUUCGUGCCGCUGUCACCGAAGAUGACGAACGCGGACAAGGAGACGCUCGCGAGCACGACCAAGCUCUUGAAUUUCCUUCUUCGCGGCAAGCGAAGUGACGAAGUCCAAUUCGAUGUUCGAGAUUUCAACUUUGCCGAUGCAUCCUCCCGCGUCAACGCGCGUGCAUUCAACGAAAUCUCACCACUCUUGCCCGCCGUGGCCACCGAAAUCGUCCCCGAGCUCGCCCGCCGGCUCAGUUCGCGCGUCGCCGCUCGAGCCAUUCGCGACGUUUUCGGCGGUGCAUCCGCGUAGUCACGCACACAAAACCAUUAUUUGCUCGCAUUUCGCACGCACGCGU